AUCAUCCGCCGUUCACAUAAUAAUAUUAUUGUUUGGUCUCUGCUCACCGGCCACCGCUACUAUACUCUAUAGACUUUUAGUUUUAAUCAGUUCGCAUCAUUUGCAGCAGCAACACUGUGGUAAAGAUGGCAAGACUUGCGUUGGCAAUAAUUUUGUUGGGCUGUUGCUCGUUUAGCGUUAGGUCGACUAACGACCGUCUCCGAGAAGUGUUUAGCUGGAAGCAAGUGGACUUCGUUUUCCCCGAUCAACAGACCCGACAGGCGGCAAUCAACAGUAGGGAGUAUGUGCAGGCCAACAACAUGCCUUUGGGUUUGGAAGUCUGGAGGGACAAGCUGUUCAUCACGGUGCCCAGAUGGAAGUCCGGCGUGGCGUCCACUCUAAAUUACGUGUCACUCGGAUCGUCGGAUGCGCAAAACCGUUCGCCGAAACUGAUACCGUAUCCAAAAUACGAACAGAAUCGUCUGGCGUUCAACUCGACGGAACGCAUAGUGUCUGUGUUCAGGAUCAACGUGGAUCAGUGCGACCGACUGUGGCUGGUGGACACCGGACUGGACGACAUUUGGGGCGAGGCCAAUCAGGUGCAGACUCCCAAGUUGAUGAUCUACGAUCUGAAAACCGACAAGCUAAUUAGGCAAUACACAUUUAAGGCCGACGACAUGAAGCCCGAUUCGUUCUUUGCUAACGUGUUGGCCGACACCACCAAUAAGACUUGCGGCGACGCGUACGCCUACAUACCAGACUUGGGUGCCUAUGGGCUAGUAGUGUACAGCUUCGCGACCAACACUUCGUGGAGGGUCAAGCACCAUUACUUCCACUUCGACCCGCUGGCCGGCAACUACCACGUGGGCGGCAUGAACUUCCAGUGGACCGACGGUAUAUUCGGCGUGGCCCUAUCGCCGGUCAGGGACAACGGUUUCCGGACGCUUUACUUCCACCCGUUGUCCAGCACCAGAGAGUUUUCCGUGUCCACGCGUAUCUUGCAAAACGCCAGCAUAGCGUCGGACAGUUAUUACGAGUACAAGGUGCUCGGGUCCCGAGGGCCGAACACACAGGCCAGCGGGUCGUCGCUGGACGAGGCCACCGGCACGUUGUUCUACACACAGGUGAACAAGGACGGCAUUGGCUGCUGGAACUCGUACCGGUGCGCGGACGAGUAUUCCGCCGACACUAACGUUCUAGUGGCGUCGGACAGCACCACGAUGGAAUUCCCCAACGAUCUCAAGGUGGACAAAACCGGCACUCUGUGGGUGCUGUCCGACAAGCUGCCCAGGUUUUUAUUCAAGGGACUGGACCCCAAUGAAAUAAACUACAGGAUUUUCAACGCCCCCGUUAAUGACAUAAUCAAGAACACGGUCUGCGACGUCGAGUGUUCGAACCGUAACCGGUCUCCGGUUCUGAUUCCAUAUCCUAACUAUCAAAUGAACCGUUUGCCGAGUCGCCGGGAACGCGCUGUCGAUCACAUAAUCAACACGUACCGAACCAGUGUGGACGUUUGUGACAGACUGUGGGUGAUCGACAUGGGCAUAGCGAACGGCACCUCGUUCGGUGAACCUCAGUUGUUCAUAUUCGACCUGAACACCGAUAGGUUGCUGAGACAAUUCACCGUCACCUCGGACCUGCGGCGCUCCGACGGCUCCACUUGGUUCCCGGGUUUGUUGGUCGACGCGGACCGACAGGCGUGCGACCGCGCUUUCGCUUAUUUGCCCGAUAUCGGCUGGGGCAUGGUCGUGUACAAUUUCCAGACCAACCGGGCCUGGCGCUUGGAACACCAUUAUUUCUAUUUUGAUCCGCUGUCCACCAUUUUCAACAUAAACGGCGUCCGACUCGAGUGGACCGACGGCGUGUUCGGUCUGGCGCUGUCUGAGCGUCACUCGGACGGUUACCGGACCCUCUAUUUUAGUGCGUUGGCCAGCACUCGAAUGUUCUCGGUCAACACCCGGGUGCUGCAGUCCAACAGCAGCGUGUCGUCCACUUUCGACCAGUACAUACACCACGGACACCGGCCGUCCGGCAUGCAGGCAGCUUCCAUGUCCAUGGACACGGCGUCCGGGGCGUUGUUCUACUCGUUAGUCAACCAAGACGCCAUCGGCUGCUGGAACCCCAGGCGGUACGAUCGGCACUCGACCCAAACCAGCGCCAUAGUGGCCCAGGACAGCACUACUCUUGUGUUCCCCGCGGAUCUCAAAGUGGACUUUAAUUCCAACCUGUGGGUGCUCAGCGACAGGAUGCCCGUCUACCGGUUCCAGGUGUACAGGUUCAACGUCAACGACGUAAACUACCGAGUCUUAAGCGCGCCUGUUGCCGAAGUCAUCAGGGGUACGGUGUGCGAUGGUAAUGGCGGUUCUUCCAUUGGUAAUUCGAAUAAUCCGGAUCAGAUCGACAACUACGCAUCCGAAGAAACCGCAUUCCAGUCGUCGCGACCAUCGUCCAACAACAACAAUUUCAACAACAACAACGGUGAUUCUGAACAAAGCGGAUUCCAGUCGUCGCGCAACAGCUCUCGACCGUCAUUAGUCAACAACAACAACACCAACAGAGGUUGGUCAACUCCUGGCAGACGCAACUAAUUAUGUUAAUAAUUACACAAAAAAUGCGUUAACUUUUCAUUUUUUAAACAAAAUUAAUAUUUUAAUAUUAUUAACCAUUAACAUUUAUCGAAAAAAGUCAUAUUUUUAUUUGAAUUUAUACAUUUAUUUUAAUUACGGAACAGUCCGAAUAUCUAAACGGUAUGAUGAAAUAAACAAAUACCUAGAGUAUA